UCUCCAUCCUCAGUCUUUGCAAGAGGAGGGCUGGCACAGCCGGGCGGGCGGGCUCCUGGCACUAUGGCAGUGAAGCUCAGGGCCCUCCUGCUGGUGCUUGCGCUCAGCCUGGUGCAGCCAGCCACUGCCGGCCGGAAGCUUCUGGUGUUUCUGCUGGAUGGUUUUCGCUCAGACUACAUCAGUGAUGAGGCCCUGGAGUCCUUGCCUGGUUUCAAAGAGAUCGUGAGCAGGGGAGUAAAAGUGGAUUACUUGACCCCCGACUUUCCCAGUCUCUCUUACCCCAAUUACUACACCCUAAUGACUGGUCGCCAUUGUGAGGUCCAUCAGAUGAUUGGGAACUACAUGUGGGACCCCACCACCAACAAGUCAUUUGACAUUGGUGUCAACAAAGACAGCCUGAUGCCUCUCUGGUGGAAUGGAUCAGAACCUCUGUGGGUCACUCUGACCAAGGCCAAAAGGAAGGUCUACAUGUACUACUGGCCAGGCUGUGAGGUUGAGAUUCUUGGGGUCAGACCUACUUACUGCCUAGAAUAUAAAAACGUCCCAACGGAUAUCAAUUUUGCCAAUGCAGUCAGCGAUGCUCUUGACUCCCUCAAGAGUGGCCGGGCAGACGUGGCAGCCAUAUACCAUGAGCGCAUCGAUGUGGAAGGCCACCACUAUGGCCCCUCAUCGCCUCAGCGGAAAGACGCCCUGAAAGCCGUGGACACUGUCCUGAAGUACAUGACCAAGUGGAUCCAGGAGCGGGAGCUGCAGGACCACCUCAAUGUCAUCAUCUUCUCAGAUCAUGGAAUGACUGACAUUUUCUGGAUGGACAAAGUGAUCGAGCUGAAUAAGUACAUCAGCCUGAACGACCUGCAGCAAGUGAAGGACCGAGGACCUGUCGUGAGCCUCUGGCCAGCUCCUGGGAAACACUCUGAGAUAUAUAACAAACUGAGAACAGUGGAACACAUGACCAUCUACGAGAAAGAAGCCAUACCAAGCAGGUUCUAUUACAAGAAAGGGAAAUUUGUCUCUCCUUUGACCCUAGUGGCUGAUGAAGGAUGGUUCAUAACUGAGAAUCAAGAGACACUUCCUUUUUGGAUGAACAGCACUGGCAAGAGGGAAGGUUGGCAGCACGGUUGGCACGGCUAUGACAACGAGCUCAUGGACAUGAGGGGCAUCUUCCUGGCCUUCGGACCCGAUUUCAAAUCCAACUUCAGAGCUGCUCCAAUCAGGUCUGUGGAUGUCUACAAUGUCAUGUGCAACGUGACAGGCAUCGCUCCCCUGCCCAACAAUGGCUCCUGGUCCAGGGUGAUGUGUAUGCUGAAGGACCAGGACAGCUCGGCUCCGUGCAUCCGACCGAGCAGCUGUGUUCUGGUCUUGAUUCUCCUCCUACUGUUUGCAUAGAUGCUGCUAUUGUUGUCCCCAAACACUCAGCCAAGUGUGCCUCCAUGGUGGGAUGGUUUUCAUUUUCUAUUCGAAUAAUAGCUUCAUUAAUACAAUCAAGGCCACAAAAAUUGUAAAUAUAAUUCUUGGAUGAUUCCAUACAGAAAAAAAAAAUUUAAUUUCUUUAAAAAAAAAAACAUUUUAAACUUCUUUAAAAAAAAAAAACAAACACCAAAAACCCCAAGCUUUAUUUCUUCUGGAGGUAAGGAAAACCCUAGCUUUUCAUUGGUUCAACUAUGUGUCAUUUUCUACAUUGUUUGCAUGCAGUUACUCAGAUGAACUGUCUGAGUAAGAGCUCACCCCUGAGGCAAACAGACUUUGAGUGGAUAUUGCAUGGAGUCUCGGGCCCCUCUGUGUCCUGCCUUGCACAAAGCAGGCCCUUGUCUGUGUCCGGUCCACACCCAGGAGCCAUCCUUGGGGUUUAUGGCCACAAUCUUGUACUGCUCCUUCCAUCCCAGAAAAAAGAAGUCCACGUAAAAGCAAUAGCUGUCUUCUGUUUUGGGUCCAGCUCAUGGAGUCUUUUUCAUUUUAUACCAAGCCCCAGAAAGGUCGUAUCUUAGCUUGGCUCACCAAUCAAAAGUACCAAGGAUUGAAGAACUCAUAGAACAAGGUGAAAGAUGUGGGUGCCCUCCCAAACUCUUGAGUGCACAAAAAUGUCUCCCUUGCCUUGAGGAGCAGAAAAGCUUGCAGCAGACCCAGGCUUCUGUGAGACUUAGCACAGUCUGUCACAACAUGGAAGCUUGCACAUGGUGGGCCCUAUAUGUGUGGGUGGACUAAUGGAUUCCCCGCCACGCUUUGGAUCCCCAGACAGAGUAUAGGCUAUAGCAAUACCUGACAUAUCAUUACAGGCUGAUACAUCUUGCUGAUGACUUGUGGACAUGUUUGCAGAAAUCUCAGUUCACUGCUUAGAAUGGUAGCACAUUAAGUUCUAUGCACCAGGAGUCUUGGAGCAAGGCUUGUGGAAUAACACCAGCAGAGUGUAUCCUGAGGGACCCAGAAGCCCAAGGAAAAUGGUGGGGGUGGGGGUGGGGUGAGGAAUGGAGAGAACACGAUGGAACUGAAUCCCGAACCAAUUAGCCAUUUGAUUAGGAAACGGUUUGGUCAAAGUGCCACCUCAGGGACCUAAGUUGUUUGGAAGCCCCUACGAAGAGCCACUGAGCCCGAGCUGAAAUGUUUUCAGUUUAGUCAUCUAGAUUUGCUGUAGGAAAUCUUGUUGUGAAACAAAACAUAACUGCAUGUUUAAAUGAU